CCCGCCUUCCAUGUGCGUUUCAUCCAAUGAUCUGUCGUGAGUAUAAGGAAGAAGAUGUUUGUUUAUAACGUAUGAAACGACCCCUCAAUAGGAGGACAGCUUCAAUCAACCAGGAUGGCCAGCUCAGGUAAUGCAGAAAUCUCCUAUGAGGAUCUGAAAGCUCUUCUGGGAAAGAGUGAGAAUCUCCUCCUGGUUGAUGUCCGCACCAAAGAGGAGGUGGAUAAGGGACAUAUUCCAGGGUCACUUCAUAUCCAUGUUGAUUCAGUGGAGGCUGCUUUUGCUCUGGAGCCAGAAGAAUUCAAGGCAAAAUAUGGAGUGACAAAACCACCGCUGGAUACUCCUGAGCUGGUUUUCCAUUGCCAGAUGGGAAUGCGAGGGGGUAAAGCCACAAGCAAAGCCCAGGAGCUUGGAUAUGUGAAUGCUCGUAACUAUAAAGGUGGAUACAAGGAAUGGUCUGCCAAAGAAGGAAAUUGAUUCAUAGCUACUAUGUCUAUAUUUACAGUUUUACAUAUAAAGUGAUGUUAAAGCUAGGCAGGAAAAAUAGAGAAACAUUCUCAUAUGUUUUGUUUUUAUAUCUUGUUUUCAUAUGCUGCGUCAUUGUUGUAAAAUUUUAUAUAAUAAAGAAUAUUAGAUUA